GGAGUAUUUUGAAGCAGACAUCAUAUUCUUGCCUAUGUAAACACUUCAAUAAAGUAUCAGCAUUUAAGCAUAAAAGAUCAAAACAUUUAGAGCUGGCAGAUUUAAAAGAUGAAUCAGCCCUAGUUAUCAGCUUUUGGGGCAUUCCAGUCCCCACCCCCAGCCCCUUUACUCUGAAGAAGGUGGAUUUAAAAAUAAAACUACAACUGGUAAACAGUAAUGAAACUAAAAAAUGUCAGCUAUGUACUUGCAACACGGGUGGAAUUUCCCUUUCUGUCACGUGGGCCCCAAUGCAUGAUUUAUGUGGUAGAUGGCUUCUUAGCUUUCAGCCUCAGUGGCUCUCAGCUGAGGAGCCCUGGUGGCGCAGUGGUUAAAGAGCUCUGCUGCUAACCGAAAACUUAGUGGUUUGAACCCACCAGCUGCUCUGUGGGAGAAAGAUGUGGCAGUUUGCUUCUAUAAAGAUUACAGCCUUGGAAACCCUGUGGGGCAGUUCUGCACCAUCCUGUAGGGUCACUGUGAGUCAGAAUCAAUUUGAUGGUAAUGGCUUUUGGCGGGGAGGAGUUCUCAACUGGGAGUUACCAUGUCCCCUAGGGGACAUUUAACAAUAUCUGGAGGCAUUUUUGGUUGUUACAGCUGGGGUGGUGCUUCUUGUAUCUAGUGAGUAGAGGCCAAGGAUGCUGCUAAACAUCCUACAAUGCACAGGAUGGCCCUCAACACUAAAGAAUUAUCUUGCCCCAAAUGCUAAAGUUGACAAACCCUGGUUUAGGACAUUGAUAGAUGAUGUUUUAUCACAGGUCUCUUCAUGGUUCUUCUUCAGCUUGCUGGGUACUGCUCAAUAAACGUUGAUCAGUGGGGAUAGACAUGUAUUCACAUUUGGCAAGUGUUACGUCGAAGACAAACUCUUCCUGUCUAGAAAAUUCCAAUUGAAGUGACUUCAUUUAUACCAUUCUGUCACUCUUUUCGAUAAGAAGUAUUCCAGAAGUUUGUGUAACAAAAUAUGUAUAAGGUUUAGACUGUGCUCACAAGGAAGGCAGACACCCUUGGAGGAGAGUGGAUUUGAAAACUUUUUACUUCUGAAUAGCUUCCAGAAGCAAAACAAGGCCAGGACUGUUCUAGUGGCGGCUUAAUUAAGCAUGUAGAGAGAAGAAACUAGACCUGUAGCCUGGAAGGAAGAGAAGAGAGGAGAGGGAAGGAGAAAAAUGACUUUUUCAUGGAGAUUGUUUAGGAGGGACGUAUAGAAUCUGUAUAGCUGUUCAGACUUUCUGUUGUUCGAUGCCGUCAGUCUAUUCCAACUCAUGUUGACUCCAUGUGACAGAACUGCUCCAUAGGAUUUCCCAGACUUCAGUAUGGAUUGCAUCUCAAAAAUCCUCACAACUGGAACAGUGAGCAACAUCAUGAUAAAUGAUUGAAGUUGUCAAGGAUUUCAUUUUACUUGGAUCCACAAUCAACAGCCAUGGAAGCAGCAGUCAAGAAAUCAAAAGACACAUUGCAUUGGGAAAAUCUGUUGCAAAGGACCUCUUUAAAGUGUUGAAGAGCAAAGCCUUGAUGUCACCUUGAAGACUAAGGUGCGCCUGACCCAAGCCAUGGUAUUUUCAGUUGCAUCAUAUGCAUGCGAAAGCUGGACAAUGAAUAAGGAAGACCAAAGAAGAAUUGACGCCUUUGAAUUGUGUUGGCGAAGAAUAUUGAAUAUAUCAUGGGCUGCCAAAAGAACGAACAAAUCUGCCUUAGAAGAAGUACAACCAGAAUGCUCCUUAAAAGCAAGGAUGGCGAGACUGUGUCUUACAUUCUUUGGACAUGUUGUCAUGGUUCUGUUGUUUACCGCCCAUCUCAUUUCUUAUUCAGUUUGCUUUCUUUCCUAUUUUUCUUUGGUCAAUCUGGCCAGUGGUUUAUUGAUUUUGGUAAACUUUCAAAGAACCAGCUUUUGGCCUUGUUCACUCUUUCAUUUAAUAUUACUCUUUUAUUAUUUGCUUUCUUCUGGUGCCUUAGGGUUUCUUUUGUUGCUCUCUUUCUGUUUGUUCAAGUUAUAGGGAUAAUUCUUUGAUUUUGGACCUUUUUGGAUGUGUGCAUUUAUUGCUAUAAAUUGACCUCUGAGGACUGCUUUAGCUGUGUCCCAAAGAUUCUGAUAGGAAAUGUUUUCAUUCUCAUUUGAUUCUAUGGAUUUCUUUUUUCUGUCCUUAAUCUAUAAUCUAGUCAUUUUGGAGCAAAAUGUUGUUCAGUUUCCAUGUGUUUGAUUUCUUUUCACUGCUUUUUCUGUUACUCAUUUCUAGUUUUAUGGCUUUAUGGUCAGAGAAGAUGCUUUGUAAUAUUUUGAAGUUUUGGAUUCUGUUAAGGCUUGUUUUAUGACCUAAUACGUGGUCUGUUCUAGAGAAUGUUCCAUGUGCGUUUGAAAAGAAAAUAUAUUUGUCUGCUGUUGGUUGGAGUGUUCUGUAUAUGUCUGUGAGAUCAAGUUGGUUGAUUGUGGCGUUUAGAUUCUGUCUUUAUUGAGUUUCUUUCUGAAUGUUCUGUCCUUCACUGAAAGUGGUGUGUUGAAGUCUCCUACUAUUAUUUUGGAGCUGUCUAUCUCUCUUUUCAAUGCUGUUAAAGUUUAUGUAUGUUGGAACCCUCUUGUUGGGUGUGUAAAUAUUUAAUGUGGUAAUAUCCUCCUGGUAUAUUGUCCCUUUAAUCAUUAUAUAGUAUCCUUCCUUGUCCUUUGUGGUAGAUUAACUUUAAAGACUAUUUUGUCAGAAAUUAGUAUGGCCACUCCUGUUCUUUUUGGUUGUUGUUUGCUUGAUAUGUUUUUUUCCAUCCUUUGGGUUUUGGUUUGUGUCUCUGAGUCUUAGGUGUAACUCUUGUAGGCAGCAUGUAGAUGGAUCGUGCUUUUUUUUUUUUAAAUCCAUUCCACAACUCUCUGUCUCUUUAUUGGUGCAUUUAGUCCGUUUACAUUCAGUGUAGUUAUGGAUAGGCAUGAGUUUAGUGCUGUCAUUUUGAUCUCUUUUUUUGUGUGUGGUGUUGACAAGUUUCUUUUUUCCACUUAAUUUUUUGUGCUGAGUAGUUUUUCUUUAUAAAUUGUGUUUUCCUCUUUUUCAUUGUUGGUAAUUUUGUUUUUGCUGAGCCUUUAUGUUUUUCGUUAUUUUAUUUUGAUGUGUAGGAUUGUUAGUCUCUUUUGUGGUUACCUUAUUAUUUACCCCUAUUUUUCUAAGUUUAAACCAAACUUUUAUCUCUCUAUAUUGCCUUGACUUCCUCUCCAUAUGAAAGAUCCAUGACUAUAUUUUUUAGUCCCCCUUUAUUGAUUUGAUGUUGUCACCUUUUACAUAAUGACAUCUCUGUUUCCCUGUUUUCAGCAUUUUUUUUAUCUUGACUUAUUUUUGUGAUUUCCCUGUCUGGGUCGAUACCUAGUUUCUCUGUCCUGUGUUCUAGUCUUGGGUUGUUAUCUGAUGUUAUUGAUUUUCUAACCAGAGGACUCCCUUUAGUAUUUCUUGUAGUUUUGGUUUAUUUGUGUUUCGCAAAUUCCCUAAACUUCUGUUUAUCUGGAAGUGUCCAAAUUUUGCCUUCACAUUUGAGACCAGGCUGUAAUCUUUUUUUUUUUUAAAUUGUGCUUUAAGUGAAAGUUUACAAACCAAGUCAGUCUCUCAUAUAAAAACUUACAUACACCUUGCUGUAUACUCCUGGAAACCCUGGUGGCGUAGUCGUUAAGUGCUACGUCUGCUAACCAAAGGGUCGGUGAUUCAGAUCCACCAGGUGCUCCUUGGAAACUCUAUGGGGCAGUUCUACUCUGUCCUGUAGGGUCGCUAUGAGUCGGAAUCAACUUGACGGCACUGGGUUUGGUUUUUGGUUUAUACACUCCUAGUUGCUCUCUCUUUAAUGAGACAGCACACUCCUUCCCUCCACUCUUUAUUUUUGUGUCCAUUCGGCCCCCGGCUGUAAUCUUAAUGGAAGUAGAUCACAAGGUCAUGGUCCCACAGAGCUGCUGGGUGGGUUCGAACCACCAACCUUUUGGUUAGCAGCCAGGUGCUUAACUGUUGUACCACCAGGGCUAAGGGGUAUGAAAAUCUCCUCUCUUGUGUUAAUGGUUUGCUAGAUAAUUCCCCAUUGCCGUGGAUUUGAUUCCAGCUCUAUAUUGACCCUUUAGGACAGAGUAGAACUGCCUGUACAGUUGCCAAGGAGUGGCAGGUGGAUUCAAAUUGCUGACCUUUUGGUUAGUAGCCAUAGCUCUUAACCACUGCACCACUAGGGCUCUGUGCUAGACAACAGAGGGACCACAGAGAUAACUCCUGUACUGUCCUUGGCAUCGAGGAACCUAAAGUCAAGUUGAGAGAUGGACACGUCCACAACUAAUUAUUGCCCAUUUAGAAAGUGGAUGUGCAGGGUAACAUGUCCAGUGUGUCCGAGGAGAGAAGAAAAAGGCAGCAAAACAUUAAGGAAGGACUGCAGUUUAUCCAGUCUCCACUGUCUUACCCAGGAACACAGGAACAAUAUGCGGUAUAUUUACGUGCCCUUGUGAGAAAUCUUUUUAAUGAAGGAAAUGAUGUCUAUCGGGAACGCAAUUGGAAUGGCUCCAUAAGCCAAUACACAGAAGCUUUGAAUAUAGCUGAUUAUGCAAAGUCUGAAGAAAUUGUAAUCCCUAAGGAAAUCGUUGAAAAACUUCAUAUAAAUCGUAUUGCCUGCUAUUCUAAUAUGGGUUUCCACGAUAAAGUUCUAGAAGACUGCGAUACAGUCCUCAGUUUAAACGCCAGUAACUGCAAAGCUCUCUAUCGGAAAUCUAAGGCCCUAAGUGAUUUAGGAAGAUACAAAGAGGCUUACGAUGCUGUAGCCAAAUGCUCGUUAGCUGUGCCUCAGGAUGAACAUGUAAUAAAACUAACUCAAGAACUAGCUCAAAAAUUGGGAUUUAAAAUAAGGAAAGCAUAUGUUAGAGCAGAGCUCUCAUUAAAAUCAAUGCCUGGGGAUGGGGCUACCAAGGCUUUGAACUGUUCUGUGGAAGAUAUCGAGCCGGACUUACUCACUCUGAGGCAAGAAGCCAUUCCUGUUGUUUCUUUACCUGCAUCCAGUUUUCCUUAUGAAGUUGGAAGUGAACUGGUCUCAGUUCCUCUUAUGCCCAUGACUUCUGUUUUGCCAUUGCAAGUGGAAGAGAGCUCUAUGCCGUCUGCAGUGUUGGCAAAUGGAGGAAAGAUCCCCUUCACUAUGCCUGAUGCUUUCUUAGAUGAUGGAGAUAUGGUCCUUGGAGAUGAAAUAGACGACCUCCUCGAUUCUGCACCAAAAGCUAAUGAAGGUGUUAUGCCAUCAGCGUUAGUCAGAGGACCCCUUCCAACGACCACCGGCAUCUCUCCUAGCAUAUUUUCAGCAUCUCUGUUAGGAACUUUGCCCGUUGGUGCGAGGUAUGCGCCUCCACGCUCCUUUUCAGAAUUGUACCCACCUUUGACUUCAUCCUUAGAAGAUUUUUGUUCUUCUUUGAAUUCAUUUUCAAUGAAUGAGUCCAAACGAGAUCUGUCCACUUCAACUUCUAGAGAGGGAACACCGCUUAACAACAGUAAUUCUUCCCUUUUACUUAUGAAUGGACCAAGUAGUUUGUUUGUUCCCGAGACUUUCCUGGAAAUUUCAAGUCAGCCUAGAAAUGACUUUGGCAGCUUGUUUGGGUGUGCAGUUACUAAACCAUCUCCAUCGGUGACACCGAGACAUCCCCUGGAAGGAACCCAUGAAUUGAGACAAGCUUGCCAGAUUUGUUUUACAAAAACAGGCCCUAAGUUAAUGGAUUUCUCUUACAAUACUAAUAUAGAUCAUAAAUGUAAGAAAGAUAUUUUAAUUGGUAGGAUAAAGAAUGUUGAAGAUAAAUCAUGGAAAAAAAUACGUCCAAGACCAACAAAAACAAAUUAUGAGGGACCAUAUUAUAUAUGUAAAGAUGUUGCUGCUGAGGAAGAAUGUAGGUAUUCAGGCCACUGCACAUUUGCUUAUUGCCAAGAAGAGAUUGAUGUCUGGACGCUGGAGCGAAAAGGCGCCUUCAGUCGAGAGGCUUUCUUUGGUGGCAAUGGAAAGAUAAAUCUGACAGUAUUCAAACUUCUCCAAGAGCACCUUGGAGAAUUUAUAUUCCUUUGUGAGAAAUGUUUUGAUCAUAAGCCUAGAAUGAUAAGUAAAAGAAAUAAAGAUAAUUCUACGUCAUGUUCUCACCCGGUUACAAAGCAUGAAUUUGAAGACAAUAAGUGCCUUGUCCAUAUUUUGCGAGAGACGGCAGUAAAAUACUCCAAAAUCCGUUCUUUUCAUGCUCAGUGUCAGCUUGAUUUAUGUCGACAUGAAGUUCGAUACGGCUGUUUAAGGGAAGAUGAGUGCUUUUAUGCCCACAGCCUUGUGGAAUUGAAAGUCUGGACAAUGCAGAAUGAAACAGGUAUCUCACAUGAUGCUAUUGCCCAAGAAUCUAAAAGAUAUUGGCAAAGUUUGGAAGCAAACAUGCCGGGAGCUCAGGUACUUGGCAGUCAAAUAAUGCCUGGAUCUCUUAAUAUGAAGAUAAAAUUUGUAUGUGCUCAGUGUCUGAGAAAUGGCCAAGUCAUCGAGCCAGACAAAAACAGAAAAUACUGUAGCGCAAAAGCAAGGCAUUCGUGGACCAAAGAUCGUCGUGCGAUGAGAGUGAUGUCUGUUGAACGUAAGAAGUGGAUGAACAUCCGUCCUCUCCCCACAAAGAAACAAAUGCCUUUACAGUUUGAUUUGUGCAAUCAUAUUGCUUCUGGGAAAAAAUGUCAGUAUGUUGGAAACUGUUCCUUUGCUCACAGUCCUGAGGAACGAGAAGUGUGGACUUACAUGAAAGAAAACGGAAUACAAGAUAUGGAGCAAUUUUAUGAACUCUGGUUAAAGAGUCAAAAAAAUGAAAAAAGUGAUGAUGUAGCCAGCCAGUCAAACAAGGAAAAUGGAAAACAAAUUCACAUGCCAACAGACUACGCGGAAGUGACUGUGGACUUUCACUGCUGGAUGUGUAGGAAGAACUGUAAUAGUGAGAAGCAGUGGCAAGGCCAUAUCUCCUCAGAAAAGCACAAGGAGAAGGUUUUCCACACAGAAGAUGACCAGUACUGCUGGCAGCACCGCUUUCCCACAGGGUAUUUUAGUAUUUGUGAUAGGUAUAUGAAUGGGACCUGCAGGGAAGGAAACAGCUGUAAAUUUGCACAUGGAAAUGCUGAACUUCUGGAAUGGGAGGAAAGAAGAGAUGCCCUAAAGAUGAAGCUCAACAAAGCAAGAAAAGAUCACUUAAUUGCCCCAAAUGAUAAUGACUUUGGAAAAUAUAGUUUUUUGUUUAAAGAUUUAAACUAAUAUGCUGGCUUUUAUGUAUGUUACCUAAUCAGAGCAUUGACCAGAAACAUUGAAAGUGUCCCAAGGCACAUAGCAGGGGAGCCGCAGAUUUUCUGCUUGUAUUGGCGUAUAUCGUUCCUCCUGAGCAGCAACCCACAGUAGGUAGGAAAACAGGCUGUUUAACAGGUCUGGCCAUGCUCUCACGAAACCAUUGUCCUCUAAUGGCGAAGUGACUGCUACCCGGUUGCCAUCUGUUGAACAGACUUUUGGAUGAAGUGUGUUGAGGAAGAGGCUAAGGUUAUCUCUAGGACAACUCCCUGCGUUGGUCCUUCAGAUGAGAACCAUGGUAAGCGAAUAAACACUUGUACUGAGAUGAGAAUACAUAAUGGAUGAAAUUCUUUACGUGUUUUAGUGGAAUGAAUUUGUUUGAAAUAAUAAAGUUUGCUACUUAUCUGUAUGUAGGUUGCUAAAAGGAUUUUAACUCAGAUUUUAAGCCAAAUAUCCGUUUAACACUAGUAUAUGUUAAAUGGGGUAUUUUUCUGUAUUUGUAUGUUUCAUUAUACGAUAAGGGAACUGAGGAUACUGUGCAUUGAAAAUAUUUUGGAAAAAAAAUCAGUUGACUCAAAUUUUAUUUCUUGGUCUUUUGCUGUUUAAAUGAUGAUUUUGGAAGAUUAAACUUGUAAUGUUGGUAUUGUGUUGUGUAUGGGCCAAUAUUGCCUGUAAUAAAAAUUUUAUAUAGAGAUGUCUCUAAUUUUUUUUUGGUGUGGUCCUUUCCCCACAAAGAAUUGUUGAAACUGGGUACUAAAAUCACUGUUUUUUUAAUUUCUUUAACCCUUUUAUUUAAGGAAUUAUUGACAGAAUCCAAAUGGAACAGACAUGGAAACAUCUUUUCCUUGCAUUCUCAACUGACCUGCCCUUCUAUUGUGACUGACAUGGUAACCUUCUAGGGGAUCUUCUGGGUUUCAUUCGAAUAAAUGAUUGUUGUGAUUGCUAGCUGCCAUGGAGUUGGCCCACAACUCGUGGCGACCUCAGGCACGAUGGAACAAAACUCUGCCUGGUCUUGCGCCAUCCCCAUGCUCGUUUGCAGAUCGGACCAAUGCGAUUGUUCAUACGUAGGGUUUUCAUUGGCUGGUUUUCGGAUGUAGAAUGCCAGGCCUUUCUUCCUAGUUCAUUUUAGUCUGGAAGCUUUGCUGAAACCUGUUCAACAUCAUAGCAACACUCAAAUCUCCACUGACAGAUGGGUGGUGGCUUCACAUGAGGUACAUUAGCCAGGAAUCGAACCUGCUUUUGUUUUUUAAUAAUAUAUUGUUUUUUCAGCAAUGCACUGAAUGCCUCCAAAUGAAUGUUUAACAGAGAAAUGGUCAGCUAGGGCUUAUGGAAUUCCACAGUGGUAACUGUUAAGCAGAACACCUCCCUUCAUAGGGCUGUUUAGUUAUUGACAGUCACCUGGGCUGCCAGACACAGAAACGGCUAAGCUGCCUUCCCUGAGACCCUAACCAGCCUUUGGACACUGGGGACUGUGGAGCUGGAGAAGGGUCAGGGUGGGAGGGCAGCUGCCUCACGAGGACAUUGCUAGUGUGGAGUUCUUGGUGGGGGUGAGGACUGGGGGAUUUGGCUGAUGGCCUUUAAGGACAGGGAUUUGGGCUGUGAUGUACCUUUAAACUUUCAUGCAAAAGCUCUUACCCAAGACAGCCUUGAAUGAAUGGUAUUUGGGGAAGCAGAAAAAGGUCUGUUCUGCAGGAGUCCACCCAGGGUGGAGAGGAGUGCACAGCCACGAGAAGUGAGAGGAGACAGACAUAGAGCUGCUUAGCAGAGCCCGAGGGUGCAGAGUGACAACCAAAUCCUCAGGACUCAGUGGAGACAUUAGGAGACACUGGCUUGCCUCCAUGUGAGUAAGGCAACUGGGACCAGCUUAUUGGACAGUGCAUCGUAUUUGCCAAACAAGGAUGACAUUUUCCGUAGAACGAAUGGUAGCUAUAUUCUGCUGAGUCUCUAGUCUGAUGGCCUUCGUGAUAUUUUUCUUUCUCCCAAACUUUUUUUAAAUAACUUUGUUGUUGAAAAUAUACACAGCAAAACACACCAAUUUCUACAUGUACAGUUCAGUUGACAUUGAUUACAUUCUUCAAGUUGUGCAACCAUUCUCACCCUCCUUUUCCAAAUUGUUCUUCCCCCAUUAAUGUAAACUCACUGCCCCCUAAUUGUCCUAUCUAACCUUUGCAGUGCUGUUACCAAUUUGAUCCCAUACGGAUAGUUCUUUAAAAGAGCACAGUGCUCACACUUGACCAAACUUUUUUCUCUUUCCAGAGAGAAUAACUGUCUCUGGCACCUUACUUGCUUAAAGAUUAAAAAGGCUGUUUUAACCUUUGGGAUCUAGGCUAGAAAAUUAAAGUCAGAACCUAUGGAUGGUGAAAAUGAGAUUUUUUUUCCCCCCAACUCACCCUGCAUUUUCUGUGCCUCCAUUUCCAGCCUUCUCAGCUGAAACCAUGUAUUUGAUGAUUGCAUUUCUGCCUAAGAGUUUCUUCCUCAGGUUUGUAGCUAAGAGCCCUGCCUGCCACAGCCUCUUGGAAUCCACCUUAGGAAAAUCCAAACCCAGUGCCAUUGAGUUGAUUCUGACUCAUAGUGACCCUAUAGGACAGACUGGAACUGCUCCACAUGGUUUCCAAGGCUGCAAAUCUUUACAGAAGCAAACUGCCACAUCUUUCUCCCGUGGAACUGCUGGUGGGUUCGGACUACCGACCAUUCGGUUAGCAGCCAAGUGCUUAACCACUGUGACACCAGGGCUCCUUCAGCAUUAGGAAGUCCAAGUUAAUUAUUUUGUGGUGAGAUCACACCCCAGCCUGAAGGUGGAUGGUUCAUUGCAGCAACUCCAGGGGAGAAGGUAGUGAAAGGGGGUAGUAAAAGGAACGGGAAAAAAGUGUGAAAGAGCAAAACCCCAACAAAUCUUAACUAAUAGAGGCAAGGAGACUCUGGGUGGUGCAAACAGUUAACAUGCUUAGCUGCUAACUGGGAGGUUGGACGUUUGAGUCCACCCAGAAGUACCUCAAAAGAAAGGUCUGGGCAAUCUACUUCCAAGAAAAACCACUGGAAGCCCUAUGGACACAGUUCUGCUCUAACACACAUGGUGUCACUAUGCAUUAGAAUCGAUGGCAACUUUUUUUUUAUCAGUGAAAGUUUACACAGCAAAUUAGGUUCCUGUUUGGCAAUUUCUACACAAAUUGUUCAGUGGCAACUGGUUUUAGUAGAGGUGACAGUAAUUGCUGUGUCUACUUGAACAUGUUUAUCCCCACAAUUUUUUUUAACAUUAAAAAAUUAUUGAAUCUGGAAGGCAUUAUGCUGAGUGAAAUUAGUAACAAAAAGACAAAUACUGUAUGAGACCACUAUUAUAAGAACUCAAGAAAAGGUUUAAACACAGAAGAAAAGAACUCACUAGAUAAAAAAGUAGGUAAGAAUUAGGUAAGGGGAAAGACAACACACAAUACAGCGGAAGUCAGCAAAACUGUACUAAACCAAAAGCUAGUAAGUUUCCUGAAUACAACCAAACACUUUGAGGGACGGAGUAGCAGGGGUGGGGGUCUGGGGACCAUGGUUUCAGGGAACAUCUAGGUCAAUUGGCGUAACAAAGUUUAUUAACAUAUUCUUCAUCCCACUUUGGUGAGUGGUGUCUGAGGUCUUAAAAGCUUGUGAGUUGCCAUCUAAGAUGCAUCAAUUGGUCCCAAGCCACCUGGAGCAAAGGAGAAUGAAGAACACCAAAGACACAAGAAAAAUAUGAGCCCAAGAGACAAAAUGGGCCACAUAAACCAGAGACUCCAUCAGCCUGUGUCUGGAAGAACUAGAUGGUGCCCGGCUACCACCAGUGACCGCCCUGACAGGGAACACAACAGAGAGUCCCUGGCAGAGCAGGAAAAAAGUGGAUUGCAGAACUCAAAUUCAUGUAAAAAGACCACAGUUAAUGGUCUGACUGAGACUGGAGGAACCCCAGAAGACACGGCCCCUGGACUCUCUGUUAACCCAGAACUAAAACCAUUCUCGAAGCCAACUCUUCAGACAUAGACUAGACUAUGAAACAAAAUGAUAACUCGUGAAGAGUGUGCUGCUUAGUUCAAGUAGAUGCUCAAGACUAAAGAGGCAGCUCCUGUUUGGAGGUGAGAUGAGAAGGCAGAAAGAGAUAGGAGCUGGCUGAAUGGACAUGAGAAAUCUGGGGUGGAAAGGGGGAGUGUGCUGUCACAUGAUAGGGAUUGCAACUAACGUCACACAAUAAUAUGUGUAUAAAUUCUGUAUGAGAAACUAGAGCUAUAAAUUUUCAUGUGAAGCACAAUAAAAGUUAAAAAUACAUAUUUUUGAAAAAAUUAUUAAAAUAUAAAGCACAUAACAAACUUCACCAUUUUAAAGUAUACCAUUCAGUGGUUUUUAGUCACAAUUAUGUACAAGCAUCCCUAAUUGUAGAACACUUUCAUCACCCUAACAAGAAACCCCAGAUGACCCAAUUCUCCUCUCAAACCAUUUUCGGACUUGACUGGGGACCUGCCCUGCUCUCCCCAUAAAACCUCAUGAUGUGAUAAAUCUCUUCAUACCCUCUUGCUGCAAAAAAUAAAAGAAAGAAACCUCACACUCACUAAGCUGUCACACUCGAUUCUCCAUUCCCCCUUCCUCCAGCUUCCAGUAACCACGAAUCUCCUUUCAGUCUCUAUGGAUUUGCCCGUUCUGGACAUACAAAUGGAAUCAUGUCUUCCUUCACUCAGCAUCAUGUUUUCAAGCUUCAUCCAAGUUGUAGCAUGCAUCAGUACUUCCUUUGUAUUGUGAAAUUAUAUUCCAUUGUAUGGACUUAUCACACUUUGUUUACCCAUUCUUCAGUUGAUGGGCAUUUGGGUUGUUUUUGCUUUUCCGCUAUUAUUAAUAUGAACAUUCAAGUGCAAGCUUUUGCAUCCCCCCAGGAUUUUGUUGGCUGCCGUAAGCUGCUACAUCAGCCCUGGGGGAGCGUUUGGGAGGUUGUGGGACAGAGGGAGAAGUCCUUCCUACUCCUUGAGGUGCUCCUCCCUCUGCCCCAGUUUUCUCACCCUGGCACUGAGGUGCCCUGGGCAGAAAGGCUGGUGCGCGGAGGUGAAGUUUCUUUAUUAUCUUCCUCUUUGGUGGAGCUGUGUGAUCUUUGAGGACUAUUUGCAGAGAGUUCUCCGCCAUGUUUGUUUUCACUUGGUUCCAGGAACUUACAAUGGUUGUGGGGAAAGUGAGGGACAGCACAUUUCCCAGGAAGUUGGUGCAGGUUUCAAACCCUUUUUAGCUGGCCUGGGGAGGUUAGAAUACAGACUUCUUGUGUUUGUUGUUAGGCAAGGAAAACCAGUUUUGGAGUCAGUUCUGUGGUCUUGAGACAAAGCCUUCAAGGAACACACGAGCCAGGCCCAGAGGGCCCAGGCUCAGCGCCUGGGCUUCACUCCUACUUUACCUGUCAUCCUGUGCCAUGUAAGGCACCUCCUGCUUUGUAAGUAAAUACUUGGAAGCUUUAAAAUUAGUUAUCUCUGGCUCUAAGAAAGGCCUUAAAAACCAGUUGCUGUCAAAUAAGGCUUGUGGAGACCCAUGUGUGUCUGAGUAGAACUGUGUUCCAUAGGGUUAUUUGCUUUUUAAUUAAAAAUUUUGUUGUUGAGAAUAAAUGCAGCAGAACAUACACCAAUUCAACAAUUUCUACAUGUACAAUUGGGUGACACUGAUUACUUAUUGCACCAUAGGGUUUUCAUGGCUGAUUUUCUGGAAGUAGAUCAUCAGGCCUUUCUUCUGAGGCAUUUCUGGGUGGACUCAAGCCUCCAAACUUGGUUAGCAGCUAAGCGUAUUAACCGUUUGUACCACCCAGGGAGUCCAAGGAAGGAUUAAUAUCUGGGAUACAGUCUCAAACCCCAUCAGCUUAAUAGUAUAAAAUGCGGUCAUGGAAGCUCUGAUACUGCUUGAUGUGGACAAAUUAGGGCUGACCUAACCUUUGAAGAGCAAUUUUGAAAUAAAUUUAUAAUCGUUCCAGAAGAACAUUCUGGUGCCAGAGCAGCAGUCCAGAUGUCCAGAGAGAGAAGAGGAAAAGAACCACCCUUUUGUUAUUCUGGGCAGUUUCCUGGCCUCGAAAGGUAUUAUGGAUCUAAUGAAAUAACCUAUAGGCAGCAAAAGUACUUUGAGCUUUAUAACCAAACAAAGUAAUAGCGAUCUUAUAGAACAGAGUAGAACUGCCCCAUAUGGUUUCCAAGGAACACCUGGAUUCAAACUGCCCACCUUUUGGUUAGCAGCCGUAGUUCUUAGUCACUAUGCUACCAGGGUUUCCUGGGCCCCCUGCAAAUUCUAGAGGAGCCCUGGUGGUGCAGUGGUUAAGCGCUUUGGUUGUCAGUUCGAAUCCACCAGCUGCUGUGCGGGAGAAAGAUGUGGAAGUCUGCUUCUGUAAAGAUUACAGCCUUGGAAACCCUAUGGGGCAGUUCUACUCUGUCCUGUAGGGUCACUAUGAGUUGGAAUCAACUUAAUGGCAAUGGGUUUAGUCUGGGUUGGUGCAAAUGCCAGGAGCUUUAUGAAGUUUCUGUCCCAGCAACCUAUAGUGUAUGGGGACUGGGGACUUUUGACUGUAUUAGUUCUUGUUAGUGAUAUACCAUGUGACUCACAUACACAGGAAGAGAACUAGAAAUGGUAAAUAAGAAGGUUAAUAUAAAAAAAAAUUAUAAAUGCAUUUUUAUUCAUCUUAGGUUCUUUAAAAAGACACGAUUAUAUAAAACAAUAAUAUAAGUCUAUAUUGUUGGAUUUAUGACUCAGAGACCAAAAAGGGCAAUGGUAUCAUUAUAAAGGGAGGAGGGAAUGGAGCUGUACUGGAGCAGUUUCUGUAUCUUACUGGAAUUAAUUUAGCAUAAAUCUGAAAUAGACUCUGAUAAAUUAAAAUGUAUGUUGUAAUCCCUAGAGCAACUACUGGAGUUCCUGGGUGGUGCAAAGGGUCGAUGUACUUGGCUGCUAACCAAAAGGUUGCAGGCUCAAAUCCAGACAGGUGCCUCAGAAGAAAUGCCUGGCGAUAUGCUUCCAAAAAAUCAGACAUUAAAAAGUCUAUGGAAAAUAAAGUAUUGAAUUAUCAAAAAAAAAAAAAAAAAAAAGCACAAUUCUACUCUGACACACAUGGGGUUGCCAUGAGCUGGAACUGACUCAAUGGCAACUGGUUUAGAGCAACUACCGAGAACAUGACAAUAAAAAAAAAAAGUUAAAAGAA